GCACAUCAUCACAUCAGCAGGUUUGACACAGAAGCAGUGGAGGCUUUGAUUCAGGUUUGGGAUUAGAAAGGUUAAGCCUGCCAUUGAAACAGCCCGGAGGGGUGAGCUGAGGUCGACCUCGGCCCAGAUGCAAUCGAAUUGUUUCCACUGUGUGUUUGUUUGGAUUUAUCAUAAGCUGGUAUGGUUUUUCUGAAGGACCCUGUUAUCUGAACACAAAAAUCAGACAUGAAAAGCGGCAUCAGAGAAGCUCCAGUAAAAAGGCACAAGAUGUUCAUGGAGUUAAUGAUCCUUUUUGGAGUCACUGGUUUGAGUUUCAGUGCCAUUCAGCGACCCGACUAUGACGACACACCCAACCCAGAGUUCCUCAACCCAUCCUGGAUGGCCAGCAUCCCUGAUGACCAGCCGCUGUCUGAGAUCACCAUGCCCGGAACCCACAACACCAUGGCCCUGUUCGGUGGCGUGUAUGCUGAAUGUCAGACCUGGAGCCUGGCGUCCCAGCUUCGUGCCGGGGUACGCUACUUAGACAUCCGUGUCCGUCAUGUGAAGGGAAAUCUCACCAUCCACCACGGCGUGUCCUACCAGCGCGCCCACUUUGGUCACGUGCUGGAGGGAGUGGCUGACUUCCUGCGUGAGUAUCCCAGUGAAACGGUACUGAUGCGUGUGAAGGAGGAGUUCAGUGAGACGUAUGACAUCUACGGCGCUGUGGUUGACUACAUCCAUCGCCACGCUCAUUGGGACCUGCUGUGGCACAGUCGGCUGGUGCCCACCAUGGCCGAGGCCCGAGGGAAGCUCAUCAUCCUGCAGGACUUCCACGGACCAGACCUGGGGAUGCGCUACAGCUCUAUGGACAUCGCAGACGACUGGAAGGUUCCGACACUUCUUCAUGUGGAAGAAAAGUGGCAGAGCGUCUACGAACACCUGGAGGCUGCACCUUUAGGAAACAAAGCCCAGAUCUUCCUCACCUACAGCAGUGGUGCUGGUGUGUUUGCUUAUCCCAGAGCUGUCGCUCAGCGCCUCAAUGCACAACUCUACAACUACCUGAGGUCCAAAACAGACCUGAACCAGCGCCUGGGAAUCAUAUGCAUGGACUUUCCAGCUGCUCCUAUGAUUCAAAUGAUCAUUAACUUCCAACUAACAGAAGAGGUAAAGAGACAGGCCUUUUACCCAGGUCCUAGUAAGGCAACUUUGGAAAAUACCAUUUUUUCACUCAGGAAGAUGAUGAGGUAUCUUAAUCUUGAUUGAAAUUAAGCAAGUUUUUCUGAGUAGAAAGUUGAUAAAUUAUCAGGUAAAACAACUUGCUCAGGUGCAGACUAACCUAUUAGUAUUAAGUCUGGAUUAAAUCCCAAUUUGGUGAUCAAUUUAUGGAACUGGAAAAGAAAAAACAUAUUUUAACCCAUAAAGACCGAAACAGCCACUGGCGACAAAAAACAACUACUGAUAUAAAAUGUUUAAUACCU